GUUCAUUAAUUUUAACGCUAUUGAACACACCCUGGCCAGAUUUGUCAGCCAGUUGAACUCAGACCAAAACAAACUCAGAGGGAAAAAUAUUUGGCCCAGACGUCUGACUCUCAAACAGCUAUUUUCCAAAUGCCGAUGCGAUUAAACAAGAGGUGUGAGGAGAAACAGUUUAUUAGGCGGCUUGCAGUAGAAGCUGUGCUUGUGGUUUAGCGGUUACUAGCUGUUAGCUAGGAUGCUAACGUUACCGUAGCCAAGAGAGGCUACCGUUAGCUAACGGUAACGUAAUGCUAGACGACCCAACAAUAGCCAUAGGGAGUAGAAGCCGCUGCUUCUGUUGCCUUAACUAUCAGCCCAGCAGUUUUAAACGGGCUUACCACCUAGUCAGGUAGCUGUCUAGGCUAAAACAAGACACUUAUAACUCUUUCAAACGUUGCCUUUUUUGCUGCCUGGGAUAACAACUGAAGUAUGGGGAUGUGCUUACCGUGCCUUGGCGGAGCGGCGGACGACGUUGUUGUCACUCCAGAUCCUGAGACGAGGAGGCAACAAUUAGCUGAGGCCGCUGAGAAGAGACAAAAAGAGACAGCAUACAGGGGUGUUAAAAAUCCAGAAGCUGUCGAAAGGAAAAGGAAAAAACAGGAAGAGACAGAGAAACAGGAGAUGAGCACCUCUGUGUCCGGUGGCGGCGGGUUGAAGUGGCAGGUAGGAUGAGGGUAAAAAGCCCGAAGUCUUGACCCUGGAGUCCAAAAUAACAUGAAGUAUUGCCGCAAGAUGACUUGAAAGAUGUCCGAACUGCUGUCCAUUGUUCAGCUUUUUUUUUUUCUUUUUUGCUUAUUUUGUUGUAAUGUAAAAACAGCUACAGUUGUUCAUCUUUGUGCAGAACAAUCUGAAGUGCAUACAGACAGAACAGCAGGAUUAACCCAUUUUGUUGCCAAGUUACACAAACCUGUUUGGACCUUUAGACAAGGAUAGUAAACAGUAAUGUGCAAACAAGUAUAUACUGCAUUAGUUUUAUCGGACAGUUGAUUAGACAAAGUCUUAAAGUGACUUACACUACAUAACAUUAAUAUAAUAGUAAAGUUAAGUUGUAUCUCUGGUGACUGUUGUCAUAUCAAGACGAGCUGUUGUUAGCACACUAGUAACUUAAGCUUCAUUACUGCACUUUUCUUGUUGGUUUCCACAGUCAAGAAUUAAUAUUCACUGUAUAUCCGUCAAUGGCCACAUUACUUUUUGUAUGACUUCUUUAAAAACCCAUUAUGCAAAAUGACACAUUUCACAAGUUGAACACAGUUAAUGUUUACGAAGAAAUUUAAGUGUGCUUAUCGUAGUAUUAGUGUACAGUAAUAAACAUCCAGUUACCACCUAUUUCACCUUGUUCAGGGCUCUAUUUGUUGGAAACACAAAGGCUAGUGCAAACAGUGCUACAGUGCUUCAUUUUCACCUGUUUCUGGGGCCUUGUCUUGUGCAUCUCACACAGGAGUCCCUUGUUGACAUUGUGCUGAGAAUAUAUGUUUGAUAACUGGGUGGGCACAGUGUUGUUUAGUUGCUAAUUUGGUGAUUCAUUCAGUAAGCACAAACUACAGGCUAAUGCAGCAGCUACAAGAUAAUGCAAAAUAAUGUAAAACAACACAUUCUUCAGUCAGUAAAAGUCAAAAUUAGUAAAUGCACCUUUAAUGACCACCGCACAUGACCUAUUACACUUUGCACUGACCUUUGACAUUGCUCCUUUAAUAGAGCCUUUUUUGUUUUUUCUCUGCACAAUUUAAGUUUGUUGUAUUGAAUUCUAAUGUAUGCAAAACACUAAUGUAUUGCCUGCUUAAUUUAAAUGAGAUAUGAAAUGCGUUUAAGACUUGCCAUAUGACAAACAGAAGCUUUUGUUAGAGAUCUAUUUGCACAGGGUUUGUCAACAUUUGGUAAACAGCGAAAAGGCUUGCUUACAUUCUAUGUUGGGAGAGCUUCAUGUCAACCACAAUGGAAAUGUGAAGAAACUGAAGGAAAGAAUAAGUGAAGUGUGUAUGUUGUGAGAUCUAUACUUUGACUUGCUUAAUUGAGUGCAUUUCUUAUAGCCUUCACUUGAUCCUUAAAUGCUUCCGGUGCUCUCGCCGUUUUGUAGAACAGGAAAGCCAAUGUUAUUUGCUACAAUAAAUCACGUUUCUGCUA